UCAGCAAGCUCAGAGCAAGGCACAGGGAGUGUAGAGUGCAGGGCAAGAAAACCAUCAUAUUCUUUUGGGGAUAAAAAGAUUAAAUCAUCAGGAAGAAAGACUCAUACAGUCUUCAAAAGGAAGUUUCUUCUGCUUUUUACUCAUCUACUUUAUGAAGGGACCAUGAGUGCAGGGUGGAGUAAUGGGAAAUCUUGUUCGGGGAGCCGUGGCCUUCAUUCCAUCAGACCGAUGUGAGCGAUUCUUGGUGGGAGACUUGAAGGAGAUGCCUCAUGAUUGCAACUUAGACCUGAGUAGCCGUUAUCUUCGUCGUUUUCCCCUUAGAGUUUGUGCCUUCACUGACCUUGUUAAACUUUAUCUGAGUAAUAACCACUUGAACAGUCUGCCUCCUGAGCUUCAUAAUCUGGAAAAGCUUCAAAUUCUGGCUCUGGACUUCAACUGUUUUGUGGAACUGCCUCUGGUUGUUUGCAGUCUUCGACAACUUAACAUCCUCUACAUUGGGAAUAAUCAACUUUACAAACUUCCAAAUGAGCUGGCUCAGCUCAGAGGACUAAAGACAUUAUGGCUAGACAACAACUGCCUUACAAAGCUCCCAUCUGUAGUAUGUAAGCUUUCUGACCUCAGAACUCUACAUCUGGGUUACAAUCAGUUUCGUAGUUUGCCUGGUGAGCUGGCGAGGUUAAAAGAGCUGCGAAGUAUUUGGUUAUCAGGCAAUGUCCUGAAUAAAUUUCCACCAGUGCUUUUGGAAAUGCACGGUUUGGAAGUGAUUGAUGUAGACAGGAACCACAUACAGUAUUUUCCACCACUUAUUCACUUGACAGGGCUUAAGAAGAUCAUCUAUGACCAUAAUCCAUGUGUUAACGCACCUUUGGUAGGAGAAGGUGUGCAGCGGGUGGGCCGCUGGGCUGACAAUCCCAAUGAUGGGGAUGAUGAAGCUGAACGUCAGACAGUUGAAGGAUCUAUAGAAGAAAAGACAACUGAAGUGUCUAUAGAAGAAAAGACAGCUGAGGUGUCCACAGAGGUGAGAGAACAGCUGCCCGAGAAUGAGUAAUAGAAACUGUACAACUAGUAUGCUGUUUAAUGUCUAAUAUAGCCAGUGUAGCAAAACAGUGAACAGUAAUACUCAUAUAUGUUUCUUACCCGAUGUUGUAAAAGAGAAUUUUUAGAUAUAUCAAUGGUUUGUGAAAAUAUUUUCUCUGAAAUAAUGAAAGAAACAUUUCAGGACAACUUUAGGUUUCACAGUACAGAUUUUUUUUUCAUAUAAUAUGCAAGAACUUAAUUUUCCUGCUUUAUGAUUCCUUGAUUUCUGUAAAGAUAUAUAAUUUCUGUUUUAGAGAUUAUCUGGAAUUAAAAUGUAUGAGGUAUUGAAGGGUCUUCCAAUGAUGAAUUGCUAAAUUCCAACAAUGUACCUCACCUCCUCAAUAAUGCAUGUUUGAAGUGACAGAUUUGGGUCUCCAGUUUAAUGUAAGACCUUAAAUAGGCUUUUAUCAUCAUUCUUGCUGUUCCUGGUUCCUGGUGGAGUGUCGAACAGGCUGCUGUUUUCUGCAGAGAUUAACUUUGUUUUAGCAACUUUGUAUAUUGCAUUUUUGCCUUUAUUAAUAGAAUUAAUAGAAGUGCAUAUGAAGUUGCACCAGUAUGCUAACAUUCAGAUGGGAUAUUAUGUGCAUUUUGGAUUAUUGUCAGCAACAUUUAUGAGAUUGUCACUGCUUCUGUCACAGAGACAUGGCACAAUAAAAGUGACCAAAUUCCAAUAUGUCUCAAAUUUCUGUUUUUGUUUAUUAUGAAAGUAUGUUAUUUAGAAUGCUAUUGAAUUUAAUUAUACAGCACCAUCAUUAAAACUAAAUAAAACUUAUAGGCACCUCUAAUAAAAAUUACUUAUUUAAAUAAUAUUAUUUAAAUAUUAGUUAGUCUGUUUUCAGUGCCAGUUGGCGAUUUAAAGUUUGUGUCCCAAACUGCAUUCUAGCAUACUAUAUAGUAUGCUAAUAGUAAGUAAAACAUUAUUUCCUUUAUGGUAAUAGGUUACCUACAUCAAUGCACAAUUUUCACAUACUAUAUAAUGCACUGGUAUGCUGUCUGGGACUCAUCCAGUGGCAGGAGACAAAGAGAUAUUAAGUCUACAGCUACUCUACAUGCUGCUACGGGCUUGAAGUGUUGAAUACCCAAACUGCUCUAGUGUUUUGGUUACAAACAGAUUGCAGCGAGUGUAAAGAGCAAACAUGUCUUCAGCUCAUUCUGACACUAGCUUUAGUACUGUGUUGUCUCAUGUGAUUAGUGUCUUGUUUUAUGUAGCACCAUGGUCCUGGAGGAAUGUUGUUUUGUUUCACUGUAUACUGUACCAGCUGUAUAUGGUUGAAAUAACAAUAAAGCCACUUAAACUUGAACUAGCAGGCAGUGAUGCACUUCAGGGAUGUAAUUUAUCCACAAUCAUUUCCUUAACCCAAAAUCUUGCUAAACUCCAAACCAUGUGAUGGACAGCUGUCCCACCCAGGGUGUAUUCCCACCUCACACCCAAGGUUCCUUGGAUAGACUCCAGAUCCAUCAUCACCCUGACCUGGAUAAAGUGUUACUGAACGUGAGUGAUAGAUAUAAACCAGAACCUGGUUGCCUCUAUCAGGAGGUUAAGAAAAUUAAGAUAAUGAACCCAA